GGAGCUUGAGCUGUACUUGAGGGGCAGCAGCCGUACAAGCGGAAAGAGCGGCUUCCCGGCAGCAGCAGCAGCAACAAACGCUGCGAGUGUGGCGUCAGCAACCGCUGCGGCAACAGCCGGUAGCAACAACAAUGGCGACCCAGCCGAGGCGCAGCAGGCGGCAGCAGCAGCAGCAGCAGCUGCAGCCGCCCUGAGCAGCCUGCCCGCUGCCAAGCUUGCGCGGCUGGCCUGGGCGUUCGCGUCGUACAACUACUUCCCACCUGACGAAUGGGUGCAGGCCUACUGGCUGGCGGGCAUCUGGGUGCGCGGGCUGCCCCCCGAGGGCGCCACUGCGGUGCUGUGGAGCCUGGGGGUGCUGCAGCUGCCCCUGGAGCCGCUGUGGGGGCAGCACUACUUCAUUGCGACGGCCGGGCGGCUAUCUGAGAUACCGCCCGAGGGACUGGUCAACGCACUUUGGGCGCUGGCGGCGUGUCGGGAGGUGGACCGUACGGCAGCAACCUCCUCGUCAUCUUCAUCCGCAUCAUCCGCAUCAUUACCAUUAUCGUCAUCCUCAGCAGCAGCCGCAAAAGAAGGAGGAACAGAAGCCACGACAGCCGCAACGGCGGAUGGGGGCGCUGAUGCCGGUGACGAGGACGCUGAUGACGGAGAGUACGACAAGGUUUCGGAGCUCAUUGAACGGCAGCUGCGGGCGCUGCUACAGCUGCAGCAGCACGGCUCCGAAGCGCAACGACAUGCACUAACGCAGCUGCAGGCAGCCGUGGAGCGACGGCGGCGGCGACAACAACAACAAGAACAACAAGGAAGCGAACAUGCGUCACGACCACGUAAUAGCGCCGGCGCUGGCGACGCAACCCUUGACUCCCUUAUACCCUCGGCCUGGCUUGGGGAAUGGUACGACGCAACGUUGCCGUACUUGUACGACUUGGAUAAGGUUUUGGUGGUGAAGGCCUUAUGGGCGACGGCGGCGCUGGGCCUGGCGCCGCCGCCGCCGUGGCUGCGACUGCUGGCGAAGGCGGCGGCGGCGCUGGCGGAGGCGGGUGCGAUGGAGCCGUUGGAAAUGAUGUACGUCAGUCGUAGCGUUGACGCUUUGUUGACCGUACGGAAGAAGAUGCUGAAGAAGAAGCAGGACCGGAAAGGAAAGAAGGCAACGAGGGAGGGUGAAACGUUAAUUGCGGCUGCAGCGGCGGUGGCAGCAGAGGACGAGGAUGGGGAAGAGGAUCAGGAGCAGGCGUUGAUGGGGGAGUUGGCGGAGGUGGCUGGGGAGUGCUUUCGGUUGCUGAGUCAGCAGCAGCAACUGCCGCCUGCAUGGCGGCGGUUGAACCCGAGGUUCCCGCCGUACGCACAACCCAAACCCAAGCCGGCUGUGGCGGCAGGGAAUAUGCGGGAGGGAGAAGGGCAGCAGCAG